AUGGCUCACAAUCCUCGCGUCCAAGGACCCUCAAUUUUCGAAAAGAUGAAGAUGGGUGCCCUGAUGGGUGGUGGUGUGGGUCUCACCAUUGGCUUCAUCUUUGGAUCCUAUAGUAUCCUCCGAGGCGGAGCAGGUCCACGCGGUGCCCUCGCCACACUUUCACAAUACAUGCUCAGCAGCGCAGCCACCUUCUCAUUUUUCCUCUCCGUCGGUUCCGUCAUCCGAAACGACUCCCUCAUGCCUCCCCACCUCGAAGCCGCUCGCCUCCAAAUGCUCCCACCAACAAUCCGGUCACGAGCCGAGGGCGCCACUCUGAUCCGUUCACGAUGGCAAGCCGAGCGCGAAAAACUCCGGUCACAGUCAUAA